GAGGAGUACCUUAAGUAUAUUAAAACAGUUCUCAAUAUCCUUAACAAGGUAUAUAUUUAUAUUUUAGUAGAAAAAUCCUUUGUAGCCUACCUAUCAGUAAGACUGCUUGGCUAUAUAGUCAAUAGCGAAGGAGUAGCUAAAAUGGAUAAUAAGAUCACUAUAUUUAAGAAACUUAAGUUCCUCGAUACCCUCGAGACCUUAGAGCAAUACCUUAGUAUAGCUAGAUAG